GAAAACGGGUGCACUUUCUUCCCUGGACAGAAUAACUUUGCUGAUUGUCGUGCGACGAGGAUGCACAUUUUGUGUGUGGUGUUGCUUCUGGCCUUCCUGGUCCUCGGCCAUUCUUCAUCAGCUUUAAAUAAGAUGUGGGAAGAGUGGAAAAUCAAACAUCACAGGGUUUAUGAUAAUCAGACAGAGAUCAUCUUCAGGAGAGCAGUGUGGCAGAAGAACUUGGGCUUGGUGCUGAGACACAACCAGGAGGCAUCAGCGGGAAAACAUAACUUCACUCUGGGACUGAACCACCUGGCUGACAUGACAGCUGAGGAGAUCAAUGAGAAGCUGAACGGCUUGAAGCUGGAGGACCCUGCUAAUUUCACAAAUGGCACUUUUAAGGAAGUGAGCGGCUUAUCGAUGCCUCAGGGUGUGGACUGGAGGAAGAACGGCCUGGUCAGUCCUGUCCAAAACCAAGGGUUAUGUGGGUCCUGCUGGGCCUUCAGCUCUUUGGGAGCUCUUGAGGGGCAGAUGAAGAAACGAACAGGUGUUCUUGUUCCCCUGAGUCCACAGAACCUGGUGGACUGCAGCACCAGUGAUGGAAACCACGGCUGCAAAGGAGGAUACAUCUCGAAAGCCUUCAAAUACGUCAUUCGCAACGAAGGCGUCGACUCAGAGAGAUUUUACCCCUAUGAACACAAGAAUGGGAAAUGUCGCUACUCUGUGAAAGGAAAGGCUGGUUACUGCUCUAAUUUCCACAUCCUUCCACGAGGAGAUGAGAGGGCCCUGCAGGCUGUGGUGGCAUCAGUAGGUCCUGUCGCUGUGGCCGUGAACGCCAUGCUGCCAUCUUUCCAUAACUACAGAGGAGGUUUAUAUAAUGCCCCCGGCUGCAACCCAAGGUUUAUAAAUCACGCCGUCUUGGUCGUGGGCUACGGCACAGACAGAGGACAAGACUACUGGCUUGUGAAAAACAGUUGGGGAACUGAGUGGGGAGAGGAAGGCUUCAUCCGACUUGCGAGGAAUAAGAGAAAUCUCUGUGGCAUCGCCAGCUUUGCCAUCUACCCAACACUGUGACUUGUCACCUGAAUCAUCUCUCAGUAGAAUUUAUCUUAUUUAAUUUAGUAUCAGAGACCAGAUGUUUGGGCUUUUUAUUUUUAACACUGUAACUGUAGAUGUUGUUCUGAGUGUCAAAAAUACUAAAAGAAAAGUUGUAUUAAAAGUUAAUUUCUUAAAAUUAUUGUAUUUGCUUCGGAGCCUUUCUCAGUGAUGUUUUGAAUUCUUGAAUGGACACGUAUACACCAGAAAAAAGUAUAUUUGCUUUGUACCUGUUUUGUUAUUUAUAGAUCUUAUAGAUUUUACACUGUUUUAUAUAUUUGAUGUGUUUAUUUAAAUAUUAAUAUUUUAACAGUGUUAAAAUGUACUUAAUAGAUUUAAAUAAACCUCUUGAUGAUGAUAUAAUACAGAGAUAUAAAAUAUCUCUUAUCUGCUGUAUACUAGCUCCAUCUGUUUAGUCCCAAAAAAAAAAAUCACUCAUCACCAUCACCGUGUCUUAUUUAUCUCAGGUGUCACUGUUUUCUCCAUCUAUUUUCUCUGCGUAUGGUAACUUGGAUGAGUGUUGCAAAAACAGGUUUUACAAUUGUGUUUAUUGUUGAUAAACUUAGAAUCACAUUGAAUUAACUGAGAACACUUAAAAGAAAAUUACACUUUUUUGAUCUGAAUUAUUGGAAAUAACUUAUCUGCCAAUUUUUGCCAAAACAAAAUAAAAUACA